UUGUGACGCCGAAGAAGAAGCACGUGCAGAGGUAGCACGCAUUAAUUUUGUCGUCUUCCUUCUUUUGGUCCCAUCAUCCUCCAGUGUGACUUGCCGGCUUCCUUGCCACCAUUAGUGUACCCUCUGAUGUUCUCCGUCACUUCACCAGGACAGAAAUGUGGCCAUCCAUUUCUCUGACCGCCUUAUUUCUUGUCUCCUGCGCCCACGCGUUCAACAAAUCUCGUCUUCUGGAACUAUUUCCUUCGAACUAUACCGACGAAACGAUACCACCCUCGACUGGACAACCCCUACCUGUUUACAUCAACUUGGAAAUUCUUCAAACUGGCAGUAUCAGCGAAACCAAUUCGCAUUUUGAGCUGCACAUGUACAUGUUCGAGCAGUGGCGCGACUCGAGGUUGGCCGACGUAGGCGACCCGUCACCGGGAGUGAUUCUACCGACCUCGAUUGCCGAUCGUCUCUGGACGCCUACAAUAGCGUUUGACAACGCUAAGCGUGCGUCUAUCGCAACCGCUGUACGUCGUACCGUUCUUUUCAAGGAUAAGAAUCUCCUAAGGAUCACAAGAUACCAUUUCGACGUCCAGUGCGACAUCGAUGUAACCUUCUUCCCCUUAGACGUUCAGCGUUGUCCGUUCACCAUUCGCUGCUUGUUCGACACUAGCCACAGGGUGAAGCUGCAGUGGACCAGUGAUGCGGCUGUACGGGAGAUCGCGCAAGUGAAGAGCAUCGUCAUGCGGAGUGAUAACGAGGAUUCCAGCUUUUCAAUGGAGACACCCGUGACAGCGUCUACGAAGCUGGUGCUUCCAUCUGGUACAUUUUCCGUUCUCAACGUCAACUUCACCUUCCGACGUGAACUGACGUCUCAGGUGUUCAAGAAGUAUCUUCCCAGCAGCUUGGUGGUUAUGCUGUCCUGGGCCGGCUUCUGGAUCGACAUUGCCGUUGUACCUGCGCGCGUGAUCCUCGGUAUCACGUCGGUGCUGACGAUAGUGACGCAAAUAACGCAAGCCUUUGACGUCACAUACGUCACCUUCUUGGACCUGUGGCUGUUUACGUGUGAGCUAAUGGUUAUCGCCGCCGUACUGGAGUUCGUUGUGGCGUACACCAUGGCAAAGCCGAAGAAGCAGCCGGCACCUGCUGCUCACACUGCGUACGAUAUUUCUGCGACGACACCGGAUGCGAGGCAGGAAAAAAACAUCAAGAAGGCAUUGCAUGAGCUGCUGAAUAAGAAUAUUGGGGCUGUCAAGACCGAUGUGGAUGGAUUCUGCCAGAUGGCGUUUCCCAUUACGUUUCUCGCGUUCGUCGUCUGGUACUGGGCGAUGCUCGUCUACUUCACAAUGCCUAGAGAUGACGAGGACUAACCUUUAACUUUAAAAUAAUGUAACAGAA